UCAGAAUGAACUUCAGCGAAGUUCAAAUAGUGAACAUUUCUCCAGUUUGCUAUGAAUUUUUAAAUGGGUCUUGUCCAAAAUUUACAUAUCCUGUCCCUUUGAGGGUGUCACUUUACUUGUUCCUUAGCUUAGUGGUGAUUUUAACAGUAUUUGGAAAUCUUUUUGUUAUUCUAACUAUUGUUCAUUUUAAGCAACUUCACAUGCCAACCAACUUCCUUGUUCUGUCUCUGGCUGUAACUGAUCUGCUGCUGGGUGGAUUUGUGAUGCCUCUUUGCAUGGUACAAUUCAUAGAGACUUGCUGGUACUUGGGCAUUUUAUUUUGUAAAAUAUACAACAGUGUUGUAAUUAUGUUAUGUACUGCUUCAAUUAUAAAUUUAGCUUUUAUAUCUAUUGAUAGAUAUUAUGCUGUAUGUAAACCUCUGCAGUACCACAGUAAAAUCACUCCGUUUGUCACAUUUAUCAUGAUUUUUAUCUGCUGGGCUGUCUCAACAGUAGUUGGGUUUGUUAUAAUAUUUUUGGAACUCAAUAUUUUAGGCAUUGAGGAGUUUUACUAUGAGAAUGUUGCAUGUGAAGGAGGCUGUGUGUUGAUUCAAAGUGCAGCAUCGAGCACUUCUUCCUCUUUACUCUCCUUCUACAUCCCAGGUGUUGUGAUGCUCGGUAUAUACAUGAAAAUAUUCCAUGUUGCACAAAAACAAGCAAAGUCUAUUCAGGACUCAAAAUGUAAAAAUACUGAAUCAAAAAUCAGGAAAGAAGAGAAAAAAGCAACCAAAACAUUGGCUGUAAUUUUGGGGGUGUUUCUUUCACUUUGGAUGCCGUUUUUUAUUUGUAAUUUUAGUCUCCCUUUUAUAGGUUACUCAAUUCCUCCAUUUUUGAUUGAAGCGCUUGCUUGGACUGGUUAUAUGAAUUCAACAUUUAACCCUGUUGUUUAUGCUUUCUUCUACAAGUGGUUUAGGAAAGCAUUCAGGAUUAUAUUGUCAGGUCAAAUAUUUCAGCCAGGCUCUUCAAGAAUGAAUCUAUUUUCACACUAAAAACAAAAUGGAAAAAUGUUAUUGCUUUUUAAAGAAAAUUGAAAUGUUAUGCCCCUAAAAGCAACUAAAGUAUAAAUUCAAUAUAUAUUGUGUAUACUGGACCUACGCUUUGAUUUCUAUUCAAAUAGACUAUUCAUGAAGUAAUUAAGCCCUUUGGACAAAAGUGAUGACAUAAUGUAAUGAUGUUAAUAACUUUAAUUGCACAAAAAGUAUACAUUUCUGAAUGUCUCUGAAUCUUUGAUUUCAUCUGAACUUCCAAUAAACAUGCCCGAUGUAAUAA